GAGAGGGAGUGAGAGAGGGAGAGAGCAGGACCUGGGAUAAGAGCAACUAAAGAAAAAGAGGAGAGAAAAACGGAACAACGACACAAAUGGCACUCAUGGCAGGGAUUUUGUUCACGGCCACCUUUCUUGUUUUUGGGAUAUCUACAUUUGUUUCGCCGGCACGGAUAUACCCCCCAAAUGAAGUCACGUUAUUGGACUCCAGAGCUGUACAGGGGGAGCUGGGAUGGGUCGCCAACCCGACAGAAGGAGGGUGGGAGGAAGUGAGUAUUAUGGAUGAGAAGAACAUUCCCAUUCGGACGUACCAGGUGUGUAAUGUCAUGGAACCAAACCAGAACAACUGGCUUCGCACUGACUGGAUCCCCCGUGGAGGUGCCCAGCGUGUCUACAUUGAGAUCAAGUUCACCCUCCGAGACUGCAACAGCCUCCCGGGGGUCAUGGGAACCUGCAAGGAAACCUUCAAUCUUUACUAUUACGAGUCCAACAAUGACAAAGAGCGCUACAUCCGUGAGAAUCAGUUCGGCAAAAUCGACACCAUUGCCGCAGAUGAGAGUUUCACUCAGGUGGACAUUGGUGAUCGCAUCAUGAAGCUGAACACAGAGGUGCGAGAUGUGGGCGCCUUGACCCGGAAGGGCUUCUAUUUGGCCUUCCAGGAUGUUGGAGCGUGCAUUGCACUCGUGUCUGUCAGGGUCUUCUACAAGAAAUGCCCUUUAGCAGUGCGUAACUUGGCCCAGUUUCCUGAUACCAUCACUGGGGCCGAUACCUCUUCGCUUGUGGAAGUUCGUGGCUCAUGCGUGGAUAAUUCAGAGGAGAAAGAGGUUCCCAAGAUGUACUGUGGGGCUGACGGAGAGUGGUUGGUACCCAUUGGGAACUGUCUGUGCAACCCUGGAUAUGAGGAGCGCAAUGCAGAAUGCCAAGCCUGUAAGAUUGGUUACUUCCGCGCACUGGCCACUGAUGGCUCCUGUUCCAAGUGUCCGCUCCACAGUUACUCAGUCAGGGAGGGAUCCACCUCCUGUGUCUGCGACAAGGGAUACUUUCGCUCUGAAACAGAUCCGGCAUCCAUGCCCUGUACCCGUCCUCCAUCUGCGCCUGUCCACCUCAUCUCCAAUGUGAAUGAAACCUCUGUAAACCUGGAGUGGAGCCCGCCCCGGAGCUCAGGAGGACGACAAGACCUGACAUAUAAUGUGGUGUGUAAGCGCUGUGGGCCCGAUGGUCGGCGCUGUCAACCCUGCGGUAACGGCAUCCACUUCAGCCCACAGCAGCUGAGCCUAAAGGGGACCAGGGUGUCUAUCAAUGAGCUGCAGGCCCACACCAACUACACCUUUGAGGUGUGGGCGGUGAACGGAGUCUCGCCCCAGAGCCCCGGACCGGAACAGGCUGUGUCAGUGACUGUCACCACCAAUCAGGCUGCUCCAUCCCCAGUGACUUCCAUCCAGGCGAAGGAUAUCACAAGACACACCAUCUCACUGGCUUGGCAGCCACCAGACAGAGCCAAUGGGGUCAUCUUAGAGUAUGAAGUCAAGUACUACGAGAAGGACCAAAAUGAAAGAAGCUACCGAAUCAUAAAAACAUCAGCAAGGAACGCUGACAUCAAGGGUCUCACCCCCCUCACUUCCUAUGUGUUCCACGUGCGUGCCCGCACAGCAGCGGGCUACGGAGAAUUCAGUGGCCCGUUUGAGUUCAUGACCAACUCCGUCCCGGCUCCCAUUAUCGGCGAUGGGGCCAACUCCACAGUGUUACUGGUGUCAGUGGUGGGCAGCGUGGUCCUCCUCAUCAUCCUGAUCAGCGCUUUCGUCAUCAGCCGAAGAAGGAGUAAGUACAGCAAGGCCAAGCAGGACUCUGAUGAAGAAAAGCACUUACAUCAAGGGGUGAGGAUAUACGUUGACCCCUUUACCUACGAGGACCCAAACCAAGCUGUCCGUGAGUUCGCCAAAGAGAUUGACGCCUCCUGUAUCAAGAUUGAGAAAGUCAUUGGCAUUGGGGAGUUCGGCGAGGUCUGCAGUGGCCGCCUGAAGAUGCCGGGCAAGAGAGAGAUCUGUGUGGCCAUCAAGACUCUGAAGGCCGGCUACACCGACAAGCAGAGGAGGGACUUUCUGUCCGAGGCCAGCAUCAUGGGCCAGUUCGAUCACCCGAACAUCAUCCACCUAGAGGGCGUGGUCACUAAAUGUAAGCCAGUGAUGAUUAUCACGGAGUACAUGGAAAACGGAUCGCUGGAUGCAUUCCUGAGGAAGAACGAUGGCCGCUUCACAGUCAUCCAGCUGGUCGGCAUUUUACGUGGCAUCGCGUCGGGCAUGAAGUACCUGUCAGACAUGAGCUACGUUCACCGCGACCUCGCCGCUCGCAACAUCCUGGUCAACAGCAACCUGGUGUGCAAGGUGUCCGACUUUGGUAUGUCCCGAGUGCUGGAGGACGACCCCGAGGCUGCAUACACCACGAGGGGAGGGAAGAUCCCCAUCCGCUGGACGGCCCCAGAGGCCAUCGCUUACAGGAAGUUCACCUCGGCCAGCGACGUGUGGAGCUACGGCAUCGUCAUGUGGGAGGUGAUGUCAUACGGCGAGCGACCAUACUGGGACAUGAGCAACCAAGACGUAAUCAAGGCUAUUGAUGAGGGCUAUCGGCUGCCUCCGCCCAUGGACUGCCCCGUGGCGCUCCACCAGCUCAUGCUGGACUGCUGGCAGAGAGAGAGGGCUGACCGGCCAAAGUUUGGACAGAUCGUCAACAUGCUGGACAAACUGAUCCGCAACCCCAACACCCUGAAGAGGACCGGGGGAGAGACCACUGUCAGGCCCAACACCACCCUGCUGGAGCCAGGGAGCCCCGAGGCGUCCUCGGCCGUGGGCACAGUGGAGGACUGGCUGCAGGCCAUCGGCAUGGAGAGAUACAGCGACAACUUCACAGCCGCCGGCUAUACCACUCCAGAGGCUGUUGUCCACAUGACACAAGAGGACAUGGCUCGCAUAGGUAUCUCCUCGGCAGCACACCAGAACAAGAUCCUGACCAGCGUCCAGGGAAUGCUGUCCCAAAUGCAACAGAUGCAAGGCAGAAUGGUUCCCGUCUGAGAGAUUUAAACAAAGAAAAAAAAAAAAAAAAGGAAAAGGAAGCAGAGCGACUUCUUUCUUAUGAAAAAAAUAAAUAACAAAAAAAGAUUAAAUAUAAAAAAACAGACAAACUAUGGAGAAAUAGUUUACCUCAUCCAUGCACUUUAAAUUGGAUCUAAAAGAAAAGAAGACGUUGAUGAAGAAGAAAAAAAAGUGGUGAAAAUGGCACUUUUUAAAAAAAAAUCAGACCUUUACCUUGCCCUUUUUUGUUGUUUUGGAGAGUGGGGUGCUUCUGUCUGCAGCAUUUAUGGAUAGAUGAAGGGGUGGCUGGAAAAGUGCUUCCGAGAGGCCAAUCUGGAGUGCCUUUAAUGGUCUGGAUGGAAAAGCGAGGAAGAGGGGAAUCAUACCUUUCUUCCUCCUCUUGGGCAGAGUGUUGUUUCUGGAACUUUCUUUCUGGAAUAAUCCACAGAGCAGAUUUUUUUGAUUUCCUGUGACUGUGUUUAUUGUAAAUGAAUUGUUUCUGUGGGACUUGCAGGCUGCCCCAGCCACCAUUGUUCUCUCUCAGUGGGAUCUGUUUGCUAUCUCACGGACAAAAAGGAGGAUCCUACCCAUCAGAUAUAAACAGUGAAUCUCUGAGAGGUUGAGGGUUGGAUUCCGAGGGGAGAUGGCGGUGCAGGCAGGACUUAUUUUGAGGGGCUUUUGUUGUUUUUUGCUCUGUUCUGGCCUUGUUUUUCUCCCAGAACGCUGAAUUUUGUUGCCCUCAGGACGUUGCUGAGAAUGUCUUUGAUCUUCCAGAGGAGCCUUCCCACUCCCCUGUCUUCCCAAAAAUGCUCUCCCACACCUCAGAUAAACAUACAAUUUGGAUUCUUCCAUUCAACUCCCCAUCUGAGUCAAAGCCCCCACCUCCGCGCAACUGCAGGACUCACCGUCUCUUCCUCCCCACUUUUGAUGGACAGUUGUUUGGACCAGUUCAGUUACCUUUAUAAAUUGGAUGCGUGAACGAAGGAAUUUAUUGGCAGGAUUUAUUCGGACAAAGGAUGUAAUAGAGGCAAUAUGGACGCAGAGAAAAUCAGAAUCAUCAGCAUUAUCAUCGCCAAGAAAAUACACUCACCUUCACUCAAACCGUCAUCAAGCUGCUGCCGUCCAUCAUAUACAGGAUCCCGGCCUUGCUCGCCACGACCAGAAUUCUUCCUCCUCUUCCUCUUUGUCUUCCUCCUCCUGCUUCCCCCUUCUCCUCUCCUUGGAGUCUCCUCUGACACCGAGACGACAAAUCUAUCCCCAAGCGUCUGGGACAUCCACCGUCGCAACACUUCAACUUCACAAACUGGCCUCUGUCUGCUUGUGGCCAUCCAGCAGUGUACUGGAAUUACUAUGAAUGAUUUAACAGCAUAAAAGGAGACAAUAAGAAGAAUGUAAUAUAAUCGAGAAGCCCUGCUCCAGCGGAUAAUGUACUUUUAUUUUGAAAGUUCCAUUUUAUUUUGUGAUUUUUUUUUUUAUUGCUUAGUUCUGUUUGCAUGUAAAGUAACAAGCGUUUGAUCUGAGCGUGCGAAUGCGAAGGCGUGUGCACGUGUGUGAGUGUGUGUGUCUCGCUGUAUGAGUGAAAAUGUCUUUGAAGUACUAUCAGUAAUUGUGUCUGUUUUCAUGCCACCAUGGAGGAGGAAGCGAUAAGAGAGUUGUAUUGUUUUUGAUAUUAAAAAAAAAAAAAAGAAAAACCCUGGACUUUUUUUUUUUUUUUUUUUGCUUUCGUGUUGUCUAAAAAAAAAACAAAAUAAAAUAAUGUAAGGUGUGUUGCUCCCGUUGUGCAAACUCUACUCAGCAACUGCAUUUAUUAAACAGCUUUCUGGAAUGCAACCCAUUUCUGCUUUGGCAGUAACUGCGGCUUGCAAACGGACACACAGAGGCACAGGCAAGAGUGACUGAAAACCUCCUGUGCAUACGAACACGUCAGACGCAGACUACAGUUUGGAGUCUUCUGAGCUCACGACAAGUCAAGGAGGACAUGUAACCCUCUCUCUGUUGAAGUGGGAGCAGUUUAAAAUGACGCGCCUGUACACAAUAAAGGAUCAGAGAAGUGAGGGAAAAGGUGUUUAAGAAGGGAAAGUUUUUUUUCUUUUUUUUUUUUUUAACUUUUUUCUUCCAGAGCACAUCAUACAGCUACAGGUUUAACCCAAUGGACUAUACUCCUUUUGUUCCUUUAUCUCUUUAAAGUAUACUUAUGUGAAUGUUUUUGAACUCGUAAGUGACGCUUCAUAUAACUCAAACAAACACCUCCGCCCUUAAUACAGCUCUACCGCUCUUUCCUGUUUUGGCAGUGUGGUUUGUUUUGUUUUUUUUGUUUUUUGUUUUUUUGGGAGGGGGGUUUAUCUAUUGAAAAAGGACCUGUUUGGAAAUAUGCAAGACAUGUUUGGAAGGAGAAGGAAACCAGAAUGUACUGUAAAAUACUUUACUUAAAUGUUGGAGGAUUUGAAAAAAAAAAAAAAAAAUUAACAAAAUGCCAGAGUUAUUGUUUGUCAUUGUAUGCCUUCCGAUGCCAUAUGAUCUAGCCAUGUAGAUCUAACAUUCUCAAUCUUUUUUUGUACUUUUUUUUUUUUUUGACAUGAUCGUGAUUUUUUUUUAUUAUUUUGGUCUUGUUUUUUGUUUUAUUUUGUUUUUGUCAAGGAGCUCUAGGUACAUGUAACUUAUGUCAUUUAUUUAUGUCCUUUUAUAUCUAGUUUGUAAAAUAAUAGCCUAAAGUGAAGAAA